AUGCUUAUUUCAUUUUUCUUUAAAAAAAAAAAAACAAUAUUCUUUCUGUUUCUGUCUUUUUUUUUUUUUCAUUUCGUUUCUUUUUUUAUUCGUUUUUCGUUUCCUCUUUGGAAAUCCUUUUUCUUUGUCCCUUUUUAUUUCACUUUUCUUUUUCGUAAGCAUUUUUCUUUUCUUUUGUUUUUUAAGAUCCUUGCUUUUUUUCUUUUUCUUCUGUUUUCAAUUCCUUUCUUCAUUCUUUUAUUUUUUCGUUUUCCAAACUCUACUUUUUUCUGUCUUUCCGCUUUCCAGACCAACAAUUUUCUUGCUAUCAUUCUUUGUUUUUUUUGUUUAUUUAUUCCUUUUUCCUUAUUUCAGUUUUCGAAAAUCUAUUUUUAUUUUGUUUUCAUUUUUAUUUCAAAACGAUUAUCGAUAUUUUCCAUUUUCGAAAUCCUUUCAUUCUUUCUUCCUUUCUAUUUCCUUUUUUUUUUUUCCAAAAGUAUUUUUCUUUCUCUUUUCAUUUUCAACAUUCUUUCUUUCUUUCUUUCUUUAUUUCUUUCUUUCUUUCUUUCUUUCUUUCUUUCUUUCCGUUUACUAACGCUUUCUUUUUUUCUUUUUAUUUGUCUAUUAUUUUAA